GAGGGGGGGGAGAGAGAGAGAGGACACGCGUGUCUAUGCUGUGUGUUAGUGUGUAUGAAAUAGUGAGUGAGUAAGAGAGAGAGAGAGAGAGAGGAAAACUGCGAAAUCCGUCAAGAUUUCCAGGCGUUUGGUUAUUCCUCUCGACGCCUGUGCACCGCUGACUCGGGUCGCGUGGUUGAGGAUGAGUUCUUUCAGCACCAGGGCACUAACGCUCCUGUCAUCUGUGUUUGGGGCGUGCGGGCUGCUCCUGGUGGGAGUAGCUGUGUCUACAGACUACUGGUUGUUAAUGGAGGAAGGCAUCGUUCUGCAGCAGAACCAGACCACAGAAAUAAAGAUGGCUCUGCAUUCUGGACUCUGGAGGGUCUGCUUUGUAGCUGGGCCAGAGAAGGGGAGAUGUGUUGCAGCUGAAUACUUCACUGAGCCAGAGAUAGAGAUCACUACGGAGAACACGGCCAAUAUACUAAAAAUGGUCAGGACAGCCACCCCCUUCCCCAUGGUCUCGCUCCUCUUUGUCUUCACGGCCUUCGUCAUAAGUAACAUCGGCCACAUUCGUCCCCAACGCACCAUCCUGGCCUUUGUCUCUGGAAUCUUUUUCAUCUUAUCAGGUUUGAGUUUAGUGGUUGGUCUGGUGUUGUACAUCUCCAGUAUAAAUGAUGAGGUGAUGAACAGGCCUCGGGAAGCAGAGCAGUUUUUUCACUAUCACUACGGCUGGUCGUUCGCCUUCGCUGCCAGCUCCUUCCUGCUUAAAGAGGGCGCUGGGGUCAUGUCUGUCUACCUCUUCAUGAAACGCUACGCAGAGGAGGAAAUGUACCGGCCCCAUCCUGCACUCUACCGCCCUCGUCUGUCUGAAUGCAGUGACUACAGUGGGCAAUACCUGCACCCUGAGUCCUGGCCACCUCCGCAGCGCGGACGCAGUGCUUCUGAGCUGUCCAGCGACAUCUCCAUUCAACUCAACCAGACCCCCCUGCCUCCACCGCCAAAGAGCUGCGGGCCCUCCAAUCCACCCUCUUCAUCAGGGCCGUCCUCCGCGGCCAGCUAUCAUAUUCCACCUGCUUCCUCUUCCUCCUCCUCUUCCUAUCCUCACACCAUCCACUCCUCCCAUUCUGGUGGCCCCAUCCCUCAAUCUCUUCCAAUGGCCGCACCUCCAUCGGCGGUGCCGCCUCCUCGCUACCAAGCUCACAUGCGUAUGAGCGCCUCCCCAUGUUAAAGUUAUUCUGUAUAACGUACCUGAAGAAAAAUAUUUGUAUAACUUUAAGUAGCAGGGAGGUAAGAGAAACAGGCAAGUGGGACUUUUAUUAUAGGAGCAACUUAGAGACAAGGGUGCUAGCAAGCUGAAAAGAUGUAGAGAAGGAAACCCUUCACUUACAAUUCUGUGCCUGAAUCUCACUGACAUUUCAACAGAUUCUCAGCGAGAGAUUAAUAAGUAAGGGAAUAGAGGUAUUAGCAUUUAGAAUGUAUGAAGAAGAAGAAAAAGGAAAAGUUACAUUAUAGUGAGAGAGACAAAAGUACAAAAUACUGACUUGCUGAAAAUAGUUGUAUACCUUAUAUAUAAAUUUAUAUUUAAAGUGUAAAAAUCUUAUCAAAGAUCUUUUUGGACACCUCUCCUUUCUGGUAUCAUACAAAAAUAAUUUCCAUAAUUUCAUGAAAAAGACUAUUUAUAUCAUCUCUUUAUGCCAUUUUUGUCUUGUUUGUACUGAAAUGCAAAGGCACAAAUAGCCUAUGCCAGAUUUCUUUAUCUGGUGUGGCAGAUUCCUUAAAAUGGACAAGAACUAUACAUUCUGUACAUACUUACUCCAGUAGGGUUGUAUAGUCAUCAUGUAUGUAGUCAAACAUAUGUUUUAUCAUCUGGGUAUUGAAAAGGUGUGAGGGGAACUACAACUAGGGACACUGUUCACUGUUUUCUCUUUUCCUAUCAAUUUGUAAUGUUUUUAGAUUUGUACAUGAGAGUAGAUGUUAUAACACUGGCUUAUAGUUGCUUACCAUCCCAAAUGUUGUAUGCUUGGCCCUAUGGCCCUCAAAUGCCUUGUGUUUUCAUGUGCUCUCUCAUUUCAAAAUACUUCCAACAACAACAAAAGACGUUAGCAGUUGUAUACAGUAACAUGACACAAAAGAAAGAUUUUUACCGUAAACAUAUUUAACUUAUAUAAAAUGAAGUUUGUGUCUUCAGCUCCUAUGAAUGCAGGAGAUAUAUUCUCUGUAAGGAUACUCUCCUUAUCUGUUUAAUCAUCAUCUUAAAAACACAGCAAUUAUUUAUCUUUUAUUAUAUUAUAUUAUAGUAUUAUGAAACAGUUAACUGUAUUGUUUAUUAUUAAAACUGUAUGAAUUUUAUGUAAGCCUACUAAUAUAUGUUAUAUUGAAACUGUUUUACAUGUGCUGUUAUAAAAUCAGAGAUAAUGACAAGAACAGACUGUUUGAACAGAGCUAUAAUUCAAGCGGAACGUGUUUCCAAAACUAUCCAUAUGGCUUUUCCUCAUUACGCCUCUUAAGUUUGCUACAUAAUGCUUUUAAAAUAUGAGCAAUCCAAAAUCAGCAUAUGAAGAAAGUAAAUUACGUACUGAAAAAUGCUGUAUAAAUAGCAGAGUGCAAUAUCCAAUGUAAUGUGUUUGUCUACUAAUACAAUUUUUUGUUUCACAGUGAAGUUUUACGCAGUAUUGUGGCCCCUAUUGUCUUGCGCCAUCUAAUGGUAAAGCAUAAAUACUACAUCAAAUAACUUCUGUAUGAAGUACCAAGUCUGCAACACAGGCUACAUGAAAUCUGUAUUCAAUUCACUGACUAAAAUGAAGUAGAUGACUAAAUACUGAGUCAGCACGUCCUAGUGCCUGCAGAUGCUGCAUUAAAUUUGCAUAAAAUAAUCUGUGAAAUUGUUACACAAAAAUCCCCCCAUAUAUAUAUAUAUAUAUAUAUAUAUAUAUAUAAACACGCCGCUCCCUGAGGUCUUUAACAGAUAGCAUUGUUGUUUAUAAAUAUUUUGAACAUAAAUUAUUAUAACAUAUAAAUAGUUAUAGAAACCAGGACUGGCUCCUGCUGGAUAGUAAAGAUAUAGAAUAACAAUCUGUAUUAUACUGUAGCUCCAGGUGGAAAAAGCAGAAAUGUAUAGUUACUUUAUAUAUAUAUAUAUAUAUAUAUGGGAAAUUACAAAAAGUUAAAGGAAAUAUUUAGGCUUAUUUAAGCAUUGCUGAUGUAUAAUGUAGUCCGCUUUACAGUCAAAAGUCUUAUCUUUUAAUAAUGGCUUUAGAGAUGGCUUUCUGCUCUCAUGGUUCCAGCUGACAUUUGUUGUCCUGAGUUUUGUACUGAGGGGUCUGGCUUAUAAAUAUGUAUGUACCAUUUUGCAUGACAUUUUUUUCAUCUUCAUAACCUUUUUCGUUUUUGUGCUUUAUCCCGGUACGGGCUCUCGAUUUGCUUCUCUCAAAUUUUCAUUAAGCUAUAGCAGCCUCACUAAUUUGCCUUUUCUUCUCUUUUUUAUAUAUAUCUCUCUCAACACCCCCCCCCUUCCAAACCUUCAUUUCAUAAUGCCAAAGCAAGUGUGCCUGAUACUUAAGAUGAUGAUGACAGUUUACUAUUAUUAAUAUUAUUAUUAUUAUUAUUAUUACUGUGGCAUUUCUUUGUAAUUUGGUAUUUGCUUAAUAAAAAUAUACUGAAAAACAAA